UGAGACUAUAGGGGCUAGCUGGAGGGGGCCAGUUCUGACGUCGCUCGGACACUGGAACAGUGGAUUGAGGCUCGGACCAGCCUUGUCCAUGCAAUCGUACAGGAUCCGCAUUGGGAGCCGUCGUAGCAGCAGCUCUACGCCUUCAACAGGCUCAGGUUCGUUCAACUCAAAAUGUGAUCUGUCCACUGCAGUGAUUCACCCAUACAUAACCGUUGUAGAAAGAGAUGAUCAACCCACACCACUUGGAGUCCAAAGAGUCCGUCAUGCGAUGCGGGCGGAGGUUGGACACAACUUCCGUAACCUCACCCCCGUCGUUGAGAUCCAUGGCCUCCUUGAUCACCACUUGCCGAAGCGCAUACUCGUUUCUAUGGCCGCUAAUCUGUGCAGCAAAUUCACCUACUAUAGAGAUUUAACCAGCAGCGGGAAACACGGCGUUCUCCUCAAUCUUGUGGUUACGGGUCCAGGGGAUAUUUUCUACGCGGAGCAUUUUGCGCCAGCUGGGCUGCCGGUCAGAACUCUCCAUCUGGCGGGCUCCCAGCAGUGAAUGCUUGGAAAACUCACGUAGCCUGUAUUCUCGUGAGGCUCUGGAUUCUUACCAGUACUCGUCAUCGUGAUCUCAGGGGU